ACUUUCCACAGUUUAUUUGACCAUCACUUUUCUUGGUGGUUCAUGAAAUUAAAAUGUACGUUUAGAUGUUAAAACUCAACUUUCCACAGUUUUGUCCAACUAUAGGAGAAUGUGGCGACGAAUCACUGCACUGAGCUUUAUCCCAUGUCAGCUACCGCCACCGAUCGCUCUACAUAUUCGCCGAAGUUCCACUCUUUCGGACAUAAACUGGUUUGUUUCUUCUCUAAAAAUCCAAGGAACCAACCUCAAAACAUUAAAGCAAGCUCAUUGUUCCAUGAUUAUAACCGGUCUACACAGAGACAACCUCAUCGUUGCCAAACUCAUCGAGGCGUGUUCCGUCGCUGGACAUCUCCAAUACGCUUACUAUGUCCUUACCCACCAGCCAUUUCCCAAUACUUAUCUCCACAACACCAUGAUCAGAGCUUUGUCUCUCGUCGACGAACCCAACGCUCACUCAACUGCGGUUCUGGUUUACAGAAAGUUCUGGUCUUUAUGUCCGAAGCCCGACACGUUUACUUUCCCUUUUGUGUUGAAAAUUGCUUUUCGGUUAUCUGAUGUUUGGUUUGGGAGACAGGUGCAUUCCCAGACAGUGGUUUCUGGGUUUGAUUCCAGCUUCCACGUUGUUACAAGUUUGAUUCAAAUGUAUUGUUCAUGCGGCGGGUUGAGAGAUGCGCGUAAGGUGUUCGAUAAAAUGCCUGUGAGGGACGUGACUGUUUGGAAUGCGUUAUUAGCCGGGUAUGGAAAAGUGGGUGAGGUGGAUGAAGCGAGGAGGUUGCUGGAGACGAUGCCUUGUUGGGUAAGGGAUGUUGUUUCUUGGACUUGUGUGAUCUCGGCUUACGCGAAGAAGGGACGAGCUAGUGAAGCUAUUGAAGUGUUUCAGAGAAUGGUGAUGGAGAAUGUUGAGCCUGAUGAAGUUACCCUUUUGGCAGCACUCUCAGCUUGUGCUGAUCUUGGCUCGCUUGAACUGGGAGAAAGGAUAUGUAGCUACGUUGAUCACCGAGGGAUGAAGAGAGGUGUUUCUUUGAGUAACGCACUCAUCGAUAUGUAUGCGAAGUCAGGGGAUAUAAAAAAGGCGUUGGAGGAGUUUGAGAGGGUUAGUGACAGAAACGUGGUUACUUGGACGACUUUAAUCACAGGACUGGCUACGCACGGGCUUGGAGGUGAAGCCUUAACGAUGUUUAACCGUAUGGUUAAAGCUGGCGUGGAACCGAACAGUGUUACUUUCAUUGCAGUCCUUUCAGCUUGCAGCCAUGUUGGUUUGGUUGAUCUUGGAAAACGUUUCUUUACCUCAAUGAGAUCUGAUUACGGGAUUGAACCGAACAUUGAGCAUUUUGGAUGCUUGAUCGAUUUGCUAGGACGAGCAGGUAGACUCAAAGAAGCUGAAGAAGUUUCUAAAACCAUGCCAUUCGAGGCUAAUGCUGCAAUAUGGGGAUCUCUUCUAGCUGCUUCGAAUGUUCAUCAUGAUCUUGAGCUUGGAGAAAGAGCUUUGAAUCAGCUGAUUAAGUUGGAACCGAAUAACAGCGGUAACUAUAUGCUUUUAGCCAAUUUGUACGCUGAUUUAGGAAAGUGGGAGGAGUCUAGGAUGAUGAGGAAGAUGAUGAAAGGGAUUGGUGUGAAGAAGUUGGCUGGUGAAAGCUCCAUUGAAGUUGAAAACAGAGUAUAUAGAUUCAUCUCUGGUGAUUUUUCACAUCCUCAUGCUGUAAAGAUUCAUGAACUUCUACAAGAGAUUGAUUUGCAAAUACAGAGCGAUGAAAUUUGAGACAAAAAAUUAACUUGAAAUAAAAUUUAGAGUUACAAAUC